AUGUGGCCUGCAUUAGUGGCUAAUAAGAUACUCAACAAGCGAGUGGGAAGCAGCAAUUUUAUAGCAGAUUAUCCAAGUAAUACAGAAUCCUUGUUGGGUUAUGCUCACUCGUCUCUCAGAUCCAAAACACUUCUAAACGAUCACAAAGAUACACAAAAAUACAAGAUUUUUGUGAGCACAUGGAACACAGGUGGGGUUGCCCCUGAUGAAGGAGUGAACAUGGAGGAUUUGUUGGAGACAUGCAACAAGUCCUGUGACAUCUAUGUACUAGGGUUUCAAGAAAUUGUGCCUCUGAAAGCAUCCAAUGUAUUGGGGUACGAAAACAGUAAGAUUUCUACAAAGUGGAACUCCAUAAUCAGAGAAGCCCUGAACAAGAGCACACAUGAUGAUGAGGAUUUGAAAGAUGAAGAGAGAAGAAAUUGUUGCAUUAAGGAAGGGAAUGGUAAUCCAGGUCAGCAGAAGUGUGAAGCCCCACAAGAUUUCCAGUGUAUCAUUAGCAAGCAAAUGGUUGGUAUAAUGAUAUCUGUAUGGGCUAAGAGACACCUUCGUCCAUUAAUUCAACAUCCAAGUGUCUCAUGUGUCGGAUGUGGCAUCAUGGGCUGCUUAGGGAAUAAGGGUUCUGUGUCUGUGAGAUUUGUGUUACAUGAAACAAGUUUUUGCUUUGUGUGUGGUCACCUAGCUUCUGGGGGGAGAGAGGGGGAUGAGAGGAGCAGAAACUCUAAUGUUGCUGACAUAUUUUCAAGGACAAGCUUUCCCAAAGGCCCUUUGCUUGAUUUGCCAAGAAAGAUUCUUGAUCAUGACCACAUAAUAUUGCUAGGAGAUUUAAAUUACAGAAUUUCUUUACCUGAAGAAACAACACGCUUACUUGUUGAAAAUGAAGACUGGGAUUCCCUACUAGAAUAUGAUCAGCUAAUGAUGGAAGUAAUGAGUGGAAACAUGUUAAGAGGAUGGCACGAAGGAACAAUCAAAUUUGCCCCAACCUACAAGUAUUGUCCAAAUUCUGAUCUGUACUAUGGAUGUUGUUAUCAAGGGAAAAAAGCAGCAAAGAAACGAGCACCAGCAUGGUGUGACAGAGUUAUAUGGCUUGGCAAAGGUCUGAAGCAAAUGGAGUACAGUAGAAGUGAAUCAAAACUAUCAGAUCACAGGCCUGUGAAGGCGUUGUUUGUGGCAGAAGUGAGGGUUUUAGCAGCACUCAGAAGCUUUGAAAGGCUGUUUCUGUCAGAGAGAUUUGAACAAAUUAAAACUCAGUUUGAAGUUUCUCCCGCGGAUGAGUUUGUUUGUAAAAAGCAACCAAGUUUCCGGUUGUGA